CUCGGCGCUCGGCGGUGGAGGCGGGGCCGGGCUGUACGCGGGCGGAGCGAGGGGAACCCGAGCAGCCGGAGGCGGUGGCCGCACCGCCACCCGCCGGGCCACCGCCCGGCCGCCGGCUCGGGAACAGGGGACCGCGGCCGGCCUACACCCGCCGGGGAGCGACCCAGGGCUGCCCGGCGGCGUCCCCGGUGGCCACCCCUGAGUUGGCUGCGUGAAACUUUUCCCCGCGAGCUUCAGCUAGGAGCCCGCGCCUCUCGCCGCCGCCCCCGCAGGGACCCGCCGCCAGUGGGGAGCGAAGGGGGGGGAGAGGCCCGUGGCUCCCCCCCCCGGCCUCCUGUUGGGGCUCAGCCGGGCGAGGCGGCGGGCCCCCCCGGGCGAUGGCUGCGGAGCUGGCGAUGGGCGCUGAGCUGCCCAGCAGCCCGCUGGCCAUCGAGUACGUCAAUGACUUCGACCUGAUGAAGUUCGAGGUGAAGAAGGAGCCGCCCGAGGCCGAGCGCUUCUGCCACCGUCUGCCGCCCGGCUCGCUAUCCUCGACGCCGCUCAGCACGCCCUGCUCCUCCGUGCCCUCCUCGCCCAGCUUCUGCGCGCCCAGCCCGGGCACCGGCGGCGGCGCGGCGCAGGCCGGGGCUGCCCCGGGGCCGGCAAGCGGGGGCCCCGGCGCCGUCGGGGGCGCCUCGGGGAAGCCGGCGCUGGAGGAUCUGUACUGGAUGAGCGGCUACCAGCACCACCUGAACCCCGAGGCGCUCAACUUGACGCCUGAGGACGCGGUGGAGGCGCUCAUCGGCAGCGGCCACCACACCGGGCACCACGGUGCGCACCACCACCCAGAGGCCGCCGCGGCCUACGAGGCCUUCCGGGGCCAGGGCUAUGCGGGCGGCGGCGGCGGCGCGGACGACAUGGGCGCCGGCCACCACCACGGCACGCACCACGCCGCCCACCACCAUCACCACCACCACGGCGGCGCGGGCCAUGGCGGCGGCGGCACGGGCCACCACGUGCGCCUGGAGGAGCGCUUCUCCGACGACCAGCUGGUGUCCAUGUCCGUGCGCGAGCUAAACAGGCAGCUCCGCGGCUUCAGUAAGGAGGAGGUCAUCCGGCUGAAGCAGAAGCGGCGCACGCUCAAGAACCGCGGCUACGCUCAGUCAUGCCGCUUCAAGCGGGUGCAGCAGCGGCACAUUCUGGAGAGCGAGAAGUGCCAGCUCCAGAGCCAGGUGGAGCAGCUGAAGCUGGAGGUGGGGCGCCUGGCCGAGGAGCGGGACCUGUACAAGGAGAAAUACGAGAAGCUGGCCGGCCGGGGCGGCCCCGGGGGCGCGGGCGGAGCCGGCUUCCCGCGGGAGUCCUCGCCGGGAGUCGGGGCCAAGGGCGCUUCCGACUUCUUCCUGUGAGCACCGGACCCCGAGCCCGCGCCGCCGCCGAGACGAGGCUCGCGCGGGCGGCCCGGGGCCUCGGCUCGGACUCCGCGGCCCAGGGCGAGGACGCAUGGCCGGGCCGAGGCGCCCGCCGCGCGCGCGCGCGCGCGCGCCCGCGUUAACGCCGCCGCCUUUCGGCCGGGCCGGCCCCGCGAGACCCGCUGCGACGUCUGCAGGCUCCAGACUGGAAGCCCCUUCCCGCGGCGCGGCCUCCUCGCUCCCGGCCCGCGCACCUUACCGGGUGACCGUCCUGACGCUGCCACGACUCCUCUGCUCGGAGCGCGGCGUUUCCCGGGAGAGUUGGGCCGGGUCGAAGUCCUUCCUGGCGUCCGCUUGUACAUACGUGAGAUGCGGUUCUGCGCCCGACCUCACCCGGACCGCCGCGAGGGCCUCCGCCGCCGCCCCGCGCUCCUUCGCGCUCCUUCGUUUACUUCCUUUUGGCCUCCCUACCCUGCCCUUUUCUACUCCUUUUUAAAGCGGUCUUAUUUUCGAAGUAUUUAUAUUUAUUUUGUUCGGUGAUUAGAAAAGAAACCCUUAGAGGAAGCUCCCUGCUUCCCGGCCGGGGUUGCCCUCGGACGUCGUGUGUCCCAGCAUGUGUCGCUCGCUCGGAGGGGCCUGGCCCCUGCCUGCCCUCCUGCCUGCCUGCCCCCCACCCUGCCACUGGCGUCCCCUAGAGAUUGAAGCCGAGGAGCAUUAUCCAUGCUGUGUUCAGUCCUGCUGCCCUACUGUACUCCACGGGGGGAGGGGGGUGGGAGCUGGCCCAGACUCCCGAGCUGCUAUUUCUCUAUGCACCAGAUCGUAUUUAUGACUCCCGCGAAAAUAUAUCUUAUUUUAACCCUCAAGAGAAGUGAAAGAAAAAAAGUAAUGCACAGUAUUUCUAGCAGAAAAACAAUUUUUUUAAAGAGGAGGUUUCGCCUGAAUCUCCUGGCAUGGGGGCGGGUGGAGAAAGUGUUUUUAUUUUAAUUUAAAAUGUGUUUCGUUUUUUGUGGAUUCUUCUUUUAAGAGCUGAUCACUUUUUGGAGUAGCCGGAAGAGGGGGUGGGGAGGCCGGUGCUCCGGCCCCUGCAGGCCCCCGGCCCCGGACCGCAGCCCAUCCUGCCCUCCUCCAGCGCCUGCUUCUGCUGGGCGCAGGAGACUCCAAUUCGUUGCAAGUUUCGUUGUGUUGUUGUAUUCGUUGGGUUCUUUUUCCUUUUGCUACGAAACUGAAGAAAGAGAAAAACACACACAAAAUAAAUCGGUUUAGAUCCAAAAAUC